GUUAUCUCUCCGCUUACGUUUGAAGGAGGACUGUAUGCCCAAAGUACCUAGUACUGGACCGUAUGCCAGUGCACAGCCUGGUGUGCUAAAGCGCAAUCAAGCAUGUCACCAAUGUCGAAAGAGGAAGCUGGUGAGCGAUGCCAAACGCCCGUGCACCACAUGUGUACGCUCACAUUCGCAUGCUCUCGCCCAUGGUAGGCAAAGUGAAGAAAUUCCACCUUUUCCUAAUUGUACCUAUGAUGAAAGUCUUGAAGAUAGCGGACCGAUCCCAGACUCCCCCCAGAAUAAGUACGAAAGGCUAGAGAAUCGGAUAGCCGAGCUUGAGGCUCUCCUGCGACAACAAGCUGGUCCUACUCCACCUACUUCGCACGAAUCGUCUAGUCCUUCUGAGAGUGGUUUGAUCAUUAGAAGCGGGGAAACGCCAACAUCUUCUGGAGCUGAGAUCCUCAUGGACUCCGGCAGCUUCCCUUCUCCCCUCUCCCGGGGCAUCAUCAGCGAGAAGCUUACGCAGGACGUUGCAGAGCAGUCCUUUUUGUCGAGAGACACUGACGAUUUGACCCCGGAGCUCGGUGUCCUUUGGCCUCAAUGGCCUAAGCGCCUACCUCGUCCUGAUUUACUUAGACAUUUAGUGGAAUCUUUUUUUGCGUAUCAUCCACAUGCUUCAAGGCUCAUUCAUAUGCCCACCUUCAUGAUUUCUCUUUCUCUGCCGCCAAACCAUCCCGACUUCCCCGCAUCACCCCUUCUACAUGCCAUCUGCGCUGUCAGCAGCAUGUACACAGCGGCCGUUACUAGCAAGGAUACGAUAGUCCCCACCGGAGACGACAUUUUUGUACCACCGUCCUGGGCGGGAAGACCGCCAGAGAGCUUCGCCGCGCAACAAGUAGCUCUCGCUAAACAGCUCGCUGAUGACUACGUUCUGACUGGUCGCCAUCUGUUUCAAUGUCUUCAAGCCUACCUUCUGAUCGUAUGGUAUCAUUGGUCUAAUUCAAGAUGGGUUGACCUUUUCAUUUCUUGCGGGUAUUGUAUGCGCGUUGUUGUUCCAUUGGGCUUGAACGUGGACCCUAUUUUUCGGCCCAUCACAGAGACGGCAUCUGCAGCGCUUCUACCACCUGCUCAGUCUGUCAUUGAAGAAGAGCUCAGACGCAAUACAUUCUGGUUGGCAUACGCCAUGGACAGGCAGCAUGGUUGUGCAACUGGAUGGGCAAUGGCACUUGAUGAUGAGGACAUCACACAGCACUUUCCUGUCUCAAAAGAAUAUUUUGAGAGCGGCCACGACAUCCCUUCAGAAAUUCGCCCGUGGUCCCACAUCCGAAGCAGUUUGGUCACCCAUCCACCAGACCAGACGGAUUCUUUUACACUUUACAUAAAAUGUGCUGUCAUCCUGUCGCGGGUGAAGCAGCACAACCAUAGAUUCAGUGCCCGAAGAUUCCGAGGAGAUACGAGCGCAACCCCAGUCGGUACAUAUCUCAUCUUCGACUCACUGGAUCCACGGACUGCACCCGACUUCAUUGAUCUCGAAGAUCUCUUGUACUCCUUCAAAGACUCUUGGCCGAGUCAUCUGAAGGAUCCUUUUGCGAACGGGACAGUUGAUACAUACAUGUUCACUACCGCCCUUAGUUUUCAUGUAGCCUUGAUUUUGUUGCAUGAACCUCACGCUGUUGUUCAGAGUUCCACAUGUAGCUCGGCCGCCAAAUUGCUUGUGGCCGCUCGGGGCAUACUGAGCUCCCUAUACACCUUAUGGUCCUCAACAUUCGACUUCAUGCGCUUGGAUUAUCCUUGCACGUUCUCUUUCUAUCUCGCGGGAAAGAUUCUCUGCAGAUUUCUGAGGGCUGCAAUGGACGCAGGGUCACAGGAACAAGUGGAGGUCCUGACUGCUGAGGUUGAAUUCGUUUGCAUGGUUUUGUACAAAAUGGGCCAGCGAGUGCCGCUUUCUAAUCGAUACUGGCAGAUGCUGCAGUUGGGCAUUGUGAAGAUCUGUGGGCAAGACGUUAAGAUUGACACCCGAGGUUCAGGAGGCUGUGAGAUACCUGGCUUCCCUAUCCCUGUCACCGCAGACGUGCCGGAGCAGGUCCAUAUAGCACAUCAAGCCAUCCCUCCUGGGCCAUCAGACAAUUUUUUCGACUUUGAUUUCAUAUUUAAAACAUAAUCUACCGGUCAGCUAUAGUAGUUGAUCAUGUUCCGUAUUAUAUGUAUACAUGUACUGUACACCUUCGAGCCCAGCACGACGUCCAUGUGCCGCUCGGUCUUAGUAACUACUUGCAAUUGGUUGUCAUUAUUUUGGAAUGAGUCAAGUAUAUGAUGAGCUUACUGUCGACUAUAGGACUCUAUACUGAAUGCUAUUAUUCGGAAUUGCCGACGGCCGCGCCGCACG